CCCCGCCCCCUCGGCGCGCCCUCGCUCCGCCCUGCCGCUGGCCCGCUGCGGUGCCGGCGCCAGCGACCCUCCGCGCCCGGUGGUCCUCCGCCGCCUGCCUCCAUGGACGCGUUCGCCCCACAGCAGCCGGGGCUGCCCCGCGCGCGCUUCGCUGGCACCUCUGGCCGUGGGGCGGCCUCCGUCAGCUGCAGCCGACUCCGCCAGGUUCAGAGCAUCCUGACACAGAGCAGCAAGUCUCAGCCUGAUGGGAUUCUCUGCAUCCUAGGGAUUGACAGCAGGUACAACGAAGGUUGCAGAGAGCUGGCAAAUUACCUUCUGUUUGGUUUAUACAAUCAGAAUACCACUGAUUUUGAGAAAACGGGAUUUUCUGAAGAAAUUCUAGAUGAUGUGAUUAUAUUGAUUAAAUCAGAUAGUGUCCAUCUGUACUGUAAUCCUGUCAACUACCGAUACCUUUUGCCUUAUGUAGCACAUUGGAGAAACUUACAUUUCCACUGCAUGACAGAAAAUGAGUAUGAAGAUGAGGAGGCAGCAGAAGAAUUUAAGAUCUCCAGCUUUGUGGACAUGGUUCGAGACUGCAGUAGAAUCGGUAUUCCUUACAGUUCCCAAGGUCACUUACAGAUAUUUGAUAUGUUUGUGGUAGAGAAGUGGCCAAUUGUACAGGCCUUUGCACUUGAAGGCAUUGGAGGAGACGGAUUUUUUACCAUGAAAUACGAGUUACAGGAUGUGAGUUUGAGUCUAUGGAAUGUCUACAGCAGGAUGGAUCCCAUGUCUCUGGAGAAUAUGCUUUCAGAAGACUUGGUAUCAUUUGAGCAUCAGUGGACAAGCUUCUUUGCUAAUUUUGACACAGAAAUCCCUUUCCUGCUGGAACUUUCAGAAUCUCAGGCGGGUGAGCCAUUCAGAAGCUACUUCAGUCAUGGAAUGAUCUCCAGCCAUAUUACUGAGAACAGCCCUCAUCGCCAGCCGUUUGUUCUCUUUGGUAACCACUCUACACGAGACAACCUGAGUGCUGGCAGCUUUAACUUCCCUUCUGAGGGGCACCUGGUGCGCAACACUGGUCCUGUGGGGAGCUUUGCCAGACACAUGGUCGCUCAGUGUGUCUCACCAAAGGGACCUCUGGCAUGUUCAAGGACGUACUUUUUUGGUGCUUCUCAUGUUCCUUACUUGGGAGAUGAUGACAAGCUGCCCAGGACAACUGAGCAAAUUAGGCUCUUAUCCCAGAUAUAUGCUGCUGUUAUUGAGGCUGUUUUGGCUGGCAUUGCAUGUUAUGCUAAAACUUGCAGUCUGGCAAAGGCCAAGGAAGUAGCAGAGCAUACUUUGGAAUCUGGGCUAAUGUUCACUGAGUUGGUUCCAUUCAAAGCUGAUCUACGCUCCAAGGUGGCUUUUCAUAUACAUGCUGUGAAUAACCAGGGAAGAAUUGUGCCUCUGGAUAAUGAAGAUAGUUUAUCCUUUGUGAAAACGGCUUGUAUGACCAUCUAUGACAUUCCUGACUUACUGGGAGGAGGAGGAUGCUUAGGCUCUGUGGUCUUCUCAGAGUCAUUUUUGACAUCUCGGAUCCUGGUUAAAGAAAAGGGUGGCACUGUUACCCCAGAAACGAGCUACAUCAUCCUGACAGCGGCCAUCCCCAGAUUCUCUUCCUGGUUGGUAGAAGAUAAUGAAAUAAAAUUGUCUGAGAAAGCCCUGCAAGCAACAAGGGGGGAUGAGUGUUUCUUGGGCACAUUGCUAACGGGAGGGAAAGGAGCAUACCUUUAUUCCAGCAGUCCAGAGUCUGGGCCUGAGGAAGGGAAUGUGCAUUUCUUCUCUGGUGGCCUUCUGUUUUCUCACCGUCAUCAUGGAAGUAUCAUCAUUUCCAAGGAUCACAUGAAUUCUGUUUCCUUCUAUGAUGGGGACUCCACCAGCGUAGUGGCCGCCCUGCUCGUCAACUUCAAACGCUCGCUGCUUCCUCAUCUCCCAGUUCAGUUCCAUGGAUCAAGCAAUUUCCUGAUGAUUGCCCUUUUUCCUAAAUCAAAGAUCUAUCAAGCGUUUUACUCAGAGGUCUUCUCCCUCUGGCAACAGCAGGAUAACUCGGGGCUUUCUUUAAAAGUGAUCCAGGAAGAUGGAUUAUCUGUGGAACAAAAGAGAUUGCACUCCUGGGCACAGAAGCUCUUCAGUGCCCUGAACCAUCCUGCAGAGGAGUGGAGCUCUCCCAAGCUGCUUGCGGCCAAACUCCCUAUGUUGGAGCGGUUUCUCCACCAUUUUGCUAUCAGCAGCAUUGGUCAGGAGCCUAUGAUGAGGACCCAUCUCCCAUGCCUGCUGCAGCAAGCUGACAUCAAUCCUGCUCACGGAUUAGAAAGUGACAAGGUCAUCAUCAGCAUUGUAACUGGUCUCCCUGGCUGUCACGCUAGCAAGCUCUGUGCUUUCCUGGUCACUCUGCAUAAGGAGUACGGCAGAUGGAUGGUAUACCGACAAAUCAUGGACAGCUCUGAAUGUUUCCAUGCUGCCCACUUCCAAAAAUACCUUUCCAAUGCCCUGGAGGCCCAGCAGAACCGCUCUGCCCGCCAGUCAGCUUACAUUCACAAGAAGACCAGACUGCUGGUGGUAUUACAAGGUUACACGGAUGUCAUCGAUGUUGUCCAGGCCCUGCAGACUCACCCAGACCCAAAUGUCAAGUCCUACUUCACCAUUGGUGCCGUCACAGUGUGCGUGGAGCCCCUGAGCUGCUACAUGGAGCACAGAUUUCUCUUUCCUAAAUGUCUUGACCAGUGUUCACAAGGCCUGGUGAAUAAUGUGGUGUUUACCAGUCACACGAUGGAACAGAGGCACCCUCUCCUUGUUCAGCUGCAGACCCUCAUCAGAGCUGCCAAUCCUACUGCAGCCUUCAUUCUUGCAGAAAAUGGGAUUGUUACAAGGAAUGAAGACAUUGAGCUGAUUCUCUCAGAAAACAGUUUUUCAAGUCCCCAGAUGCUACGCUCUCGAUACUUAAUGUUUCCUGGCUGGUACGAAGGUAAAUUUGAUUCUGGAUCCGUCUUUCCACUAAUGGUUCAGAUCUGCGUAUGGUUUGACCGUCCUCUGGAAAAAACCCGCUUUGUGGCCAAGUGUAAAGCAAUUCGCUCUUCCAUCAAGCCAAGUCCCUUCUCUGGAAAUAUCUACCACAUCCUUGGCAAAGUAAAGUUUUCAGAUUCUGAAAAGACCAUGGAGGUCUGUCACAACACUCUGACCAACUCCCUGAGCAUUAUGCCUGUUUUGGAGGGACCCACUCCACCCCCCAACUCAAGAAGCACACCUCAAGACAGUGGGCAGCCAGAAUGCUACCUUGUGUUCAUUGGCUGCUCCCUGAAGGAAGACAGCCUCAAGGACUGGCUUCGACAGUCAGCUAAGCAGAGGCCUCAGAGGAAAGCUCUGAAAACCAGGGGAAUGCUGACCCAGCAGGAGAUCAAGACCAUCCAUGUGAAACGACACUUGGAUCCCCUACCUGCAGGCUACUUUUACAAUGGCACCCAGUUUGUUAACUUCUUUGGGGACAAGACCGAUUUUCACCCACUCAUGGACCAGUUCAUGAAUGAUUAUGUGGAAGAGGCCAAUCGGGAGAUCGAGAGGUACAACCGUGAGCUGGAACAGCAGGAAUACAGUGAUCUCUUUGAGCAGAAGCCCUAAAGAAAGCUGGGCCUGUGCCCACCAGAGAUGAAUGAACGAAUGGGUGUCCAUCUUUCCUAGAAGGCCCCUCCUGAAGGGGUUGUCUCUGUCCUCCCUGGCCUGUGCCUGCCAGCGUAGUAUAUGUUGUCUUUAUUCUCUCUCCUCUCUGCACCCUGACGAGUGGGGGCAAUGCACAGGAUGAGCAGCUCUGGUGUCUGGUAAAGGAAUCUCCCUCAGACUGCUGGGCUGAGGAGAAGCCUUUGGCUUGCACAGUGAAGCAGCUGGGAUUUAGAAGGAGCCCUGGUUGCCUAAGCAGUGGCCAGUCAGAGAGCCACAAUGCCUUCUAGAUGAGGGCACUUUUGUGGGAUGAAUGGAAGCAAGAUAGGAUGCUUUCUGGAAGUGUGAGGCCCCUGUGUUAACAGCAGCACUCCCGGAGUUGGUCCGAGAGAGCUUGGCUCUCUAAUUCAGAGAUAAGAGCAGGCCUGCUGCCCAAGCCCUGGCAGUGCCUCACCUCCCGGUCAAGGUGAAUAUCCUGCAACUGGUUAGUCUUGGGCCCAGGGUCUAAUUGUUUGGGGGCUGUCGGUCUCUGACACCCAGCCUCCUCACCCCGUGUCAUGGAAGGCAAUACAUUUCAGAAAAGCUCCCCUGAAACUGCCCCUGCCCCUGCCCCUGGAUUUGUUUACUUUGUUCCUGAGGCCCAGGAAUUUCAAGAGUUCUGAUAUCCAAACUAGAAUCCAUUGGACCAUACAGCAAAGUGAACUAAUUUGCAUCCCAAGACUGACCUUCCUAGUUAGAGUGGGGAACAAGGUCACUAAAGGUGACUUCUGCUAGAAUGUGAGUGCCUCUGCUGCUUGGACUAUAAACGUUCCCUGAGUUUCAUGGACUUUCUUGCAUGCCUUAGGAAAAAGCACAUAGGUAAAGCCAGCAUCGUGUUCUGUAAUGUAGAUGCUUUUGAGGAAGGACCUUGGCACAGUGGGUGAGGUAGAUGGAGCAUAUGAGGCCAUGUGCCUUGUAACUGAGCUGUUUGGGCAAAAAGCAAAGUAAUAAUCAAGGCUUGUCAAUAAAAUAUACUUUUAUUAAAAAAAUUAGAACAAGUACCAUUGAUAAGAAAUAUUUUGUUAAGAAAAGCUUGUGAAUAAAGGCCCAUAUGCUCCAAUCCCAUCUCCAGAAUACACCGGUGACAAGGCCCUUCUGUUGACCUCCAGCUGACUCCACUGGGGUUCAGUAGCAUAGAUCGUAAGUGCAAUUGAUUAAUAAGCAAUGAGUUAUCUUCACCAAGCUCUUUUUAAAAACUAAAAUUUGAGCUAGCAGCCUUAGAAAAGGGAAAGGGGACCACAAAGCUAUUUCAUUUCCUUUGGGGGGGUGGAGGGGGAGGACCACAGGCCAUUUCAUUUCCUGCAGGGUUACUGUGAAGUCUCCAGUGGAAGCUCUAGAUUAAGAGCUCUGGCUGCUUUGGCCUGGCAGUCUGGCUGCUGCACAAAAGAGUUUUUAAAGAGGGGUUGGGGCCACGCUGUGUGGUGAACUUGGUUUCUGACCAUUAUCCAUAGAAAUCUGCUUUCACCAACCUGCCCCGCCGCCCCGUUCCUCUCAUCAGAGGGAAAACCGAUUACCUCAACUUGAAUAUAAAACUGUGGUUUCGAAGAAAAAGGCAGAAUAUUCAUAAGUUCUUUGCCAGCUGAAGCCUCUGUAGAUGCUCCCAGCCUGCACGGGAGUCUGGAGGGGCCCAGCAAACACACACUGUGAGUUCUUUGAGGACCAGGAGGGGACUGGGCUUCUCAUGGGCUGCUCCCUACAACCCACGGGUCUCUUGACGUUGAUGGUGGGAUAUGACAUUCACUUUGACCUGUAGGUCUGAGGCUAUCUCCUGAGGAAAAGCCAUGGUGCUGGUUCAGCCUCUGAUCUUCGAAGUGGAUAGCAGGGACCUAGCAGGGAUUUUAGGGAUCAGCUCCCAGGACAGGCAAAGUCCUCCAGGGGCUUGUGUGCUUUCCACCAGCUUCGCUAUUAUGUUAGCAGCUUCGGUUGUAUCACCAGAGUGUGUGUGAGUGGUGAAGUCACUGAAGUUAUGGGUUAUUUGGUUUUAAUGUGGGAUUUCCCCUUGUUGACUGGAGGGAAGAAGCAAAUAAUUGGAGCCAGGUUGGCCCCCAAGCCCUCAGGCUCUUUGACCUGAGGCCUGAACACUAGCCCUUUAGGCUGUGUCAGUACAAAUGUCCCUCCUAAAUCCUGUUAGGAUUUUGGAGAAUUUUUGCACAGUAAUAAGCUCUGGCUUCUCAAAAGGGAAAAGUUCAGCUCAAAGACUAAACUGUUAAGUAUUCCAGCAGUGCUGCUAACUAGUUGAUAGCCGUACCUCAAAAACUGAUGGGAGGUGGCUUUCUCACUGUCCCUCAGUCACGUACUAAUGGAAGAGCUCGCUUACGUGCCAAAAUUCACUUUUAUACUAGUUUUUCAAUGCUUUAAUAUUUGUAACUUAAAUUUUAAAAUUCAUAUUUACAAACACUACUAUAACUUCAGUGAAACUGAACUGUGUGAUUGAAGCUUUUUGCUUAUUAUAGUAUUUAUUACACUACUUAAUUCAGUAAAUAUAUAAAAGUAGCCUUCAAUUUAUUUUUAUAUUAUUUUACAUGUUUUUACCUGCAGUUGUGUCUGUGAAAUUCCCUUGGAGAUUAAGAUGUAAUGCUAAGGACCAAUAAACUGUCACUCAGCAA